GCCACACGUCCUGUAGAUGGCGGUGUCAGUGUUGAGUUUGAGUCCCUAAAAUCGUGCCAGGAGUAGUAGAAGAAGAAGACGAAGAAGAUGGCGGAACGGGGCUACAGUUUCUCCCUCACCACAUUCAGCCCCUCGGGUAAACUGGUCCAGAUUGAAUAUGCCCUGGCCGCUGUAGCAGCCGGAGCCCCCUCUGUAGGGAUCAAAGCUUCCAAUGGUGUUGUCCUGGCAACGGAGAAGAAACAAAAAUCCAUCCUGUAUGAUGAGCAGAGUGUUCACAAAGUGGAACCCAUCACCAAACACAUAGGCAUGGUUUACAGCGGCAUGGGACCUGACUACAGGGUUUUAGUGCGUCGAGCUCGGAAGUUGGCCCAGCAGUACUUCCUGGUUUAUCAGGAGCCAAUCCCCACAGGCCAGCUCGUCCAGAGAGUGGCCUCUGUAAUGCAGGAGUACACACAGUCUGGUGGUGUACGUCCAUUUGGGGUGUCGCUUCUGAUUGCUGGAUGGGAUGAGGACCACCCUUACUUGUUCCAGUCAGACCCUUCUGGUGCAUAUUUUGCAUGGAAAGCCACAGCUAUGGGAAAGAACUACGUCAACGGAAAAACAUUCCUCGAAAAAAGGUAUAACAAUGAUCUGGAAUUGGAGGAUGCUAUCCACACAGCUAUCCUGACGCUGAAGGAGAGUUUUGAGGGUCAGAUGACAGAGGAGAACAUUGAAGUGGGGAUCUGUAACGAAGCCGGCUUCAAAAGACUCACCCCGGCUGAGGUGAAAGACUACCUGGCAGCCAUUGCCUGAACACCCCCUCCCUGCUGCCCAGGGUCUCUGGCCACUUUCCAAGUCAAAGACAUAGCAGCACAGUAGCCAACAGUUGUGUGACACUUCAUUCAGAUACCACAGAGCCAUUUGUAUAGAGUUUGACCACAUUGUGCCACGGCCAUCACAUUUCUGCCUCUGUGCUACAGAUAGAGGCAGCAGAUUGUAAACAUGUGACAAUGCCCCCCAGAACAUUGCCAUAUCUAAGAGCAUAAUUAUCAGCUGACUCUUUAUUCUGCUUGAAAUUCUGCUUCUCAUUCAGAAAUCAUACCCAAGCCCUGAACCCACUCACUUAAUAAAGGUGAUGAGCUUCGAGGAUGACUGUGUAGCUGAUAUAGCUGCCACUCACAACUGCAAUAGCUAACCUCCAUCAAUGGCUGUGAGAUAUCUGGAUGAAACUCAUGUGACUAAUUGGUGUUGUCAAACAUGCACUUAAAUACUGCGAGUUAUGGCAGCUGACUGCUGUGCAAACGAAGUGGAAGGUGGACUCUGAUUUAGGUUAAAUCUCAAGUCUUCCCCUGAAUCCUUGGAUUUUCUUAUUCUUCAUCUCUCUUGCAAGGCCAAUGCCAAUUUAAAAUGUUUGGAAAUAAUAAUAAAAAAAAAAAAACUGUGUUCAGAACUCUGUUUUUAUCAAACCACUUCCCUUGCUAAAGCUGACAAAAUGCUUCUGGUGACACCAAGAUCCAAACUUCAGAAAAUCUUUUUUUCAGAAGAAACUGAAGUUUAAAGGCAAAUAAAACUUCUAGCAGAGCAGCCCUGUUUUGAUGACUAGUCUUAGAGAGGCAUCCUUAUCCCAAGAGCCGUGGUUUCACAGCUCAGUCCUGUGGGUGACGCGUCCAGCCUUAAAGUCGUGGCUGUUUCCCCCCAAAUAGCUGCACAUAUCAAAAACAUGUCAAAGGCUGAACAAGUAUGAAUUGAGGAUCGAAGGGAAAGCUUUGAGAUUUGACGAUUUACAUCUGUUUGUCUGUAUAGCGGUUUUACACAAUGUACCAGAAAAGUUGUUUUUCCAAGUUAGCAACAUUUCUAUAGUUUGUAUUUCUCCUCUGGUAUCUGUGAUCCAAUAAAAGACGAGAAGUUUA